AAGAACAACGGCAUUGACGACUGCGCACUGUCUUAUGUACAUCUCUGGUAUAAGUUGUGGACGUGUUGCCUCCACUCGCAGUUACCCCACAGUGUAGUUCUCUAUCUACUUAUCGACGCAACCAUCGAUAGCACCGGGACACUGUCUACCCGCGUUUCAGACAAUUCAACCAAAAUGCUCAAAGUAGACACUCCAUCCAUAGCUUCCGGGCUUCAAUGGAAUGCAUCUGUUAUAUCAGAGAUGGCUGCUCCAUCUCAAGUUAGAACGGCAUUGACUGACACCUCCAAGGUGGUUCAAGCUAAGGGCGAUAACGCUAGCGGCACGAGUACAGCACCAAGCGCCAAUCCGAGUAACACCGGUGGGAGUCAGAGUGGAAGUGGAGCAGGCUCAGGUCAGACUCCAGGAGGGAACCAGGACGGAUCUUCAGGCAAGAAUACUGGCGGUAGUGGGAAUAGCGGCAGCUCUGGAGAAUCUCAAACUCCGGACACACCCGUCGCAGCCAAACCGAAGUUCAAGUUCUACCAUGCCGAUGCAUCGUACAACAUUCGUACAGGUCGUGCAACUAUUCGCGAAGUGUACCCGGGGUGUCAUGUCGUGGGCUGGAUAGGCAUGGAGAACAGCACGUUGACAUUUACCAACAUUGACGGAGGUCAAUCCGGAGGUACACGGUUGGUACAAAUCCACUACAUUUGUGCAGGUGGCAGUCGCGAUGCCUACCUUAGCGUGAAUGGCGGGCCUGCGACUAAGAUGACACUUCCGCCAACUGGAAAGAAAUGGGACGACUUCAGCUUCGAUUUCAAAGUUUCGCUAGACGGCUUCGUUCCCGGACGCAAGAAUACCGUCACUAUAUCGAACCCUGAUGGCUGGUCUGCAGACUUCUGGCGCAUCGGCGUGGAGCAGAAGGGACGUAUUCUGGAUACUCUUUACCGAACAGCAUCUUGACAGUUGUGUGUGGUCUCGUCCCCAGACGCCCAUUGCGGUGGUUGGGUGGAACGGCGUCUGGAGGCAAGACCAGUUAUGUGCACCUUGAGAAAUGACUAGAUAUCAUGUAUCUUUUACCGCUAAGUUUCAACACUUUUGUUUGUGCACCAU